AUGCCCCAGCUAUCCCAAGACAGCCCAGAGUGUCUCCAGACACAUUGCUCCAAGCCGUCUGUGUGGAAGCAAUUUCUGCCCCUGCCUCGGGCUGAGGGAUAUGAUGCAAACAUUCACCAAACCAUGGAAAAUGAAGGCGGCACCAAGGUUGUGCAUGAUCUCAAGAGCUUCGGCCCUGCACAGCUCCCGGACUCGCCCGGGGCAGCCCCGAAGCUGCUCAGCCUCCUCUCUAGCACGCUCUCCGGCCUCGCGCAGUUCUUCUCUCACCUUCUCCGGAGACCCCCUCGUGAGGCUCCUCAGAGGCGCCCGGACUUCUCCCUCCUGCUUCCCGCCCUGCCAGUGACUGGGCUCUCGCAGAGGCACGAGCAGCGGUCGGGCCGCCUCUCGCUCCUGCUCGGGGCAGCUCUGGCACUGCCUGGUCGACCCCCAAGGGGACGCCUGCCCAGGGAAGAGGACGCCAGCGCUGGGCAGAGCUCGCCCAUGCCGCCAAUGGGAUCUGAACGGAUGGAGAUGCGGAAGCGGCAGAUGUCUGCAGCCCAGGAGACACCGGGCUCCACCGUAGGCCAGCACGGAGUGGGGAACCGAGGGUCCAAUGCUUGCUGCUUCUGCUGGUGCUGCUGUUGUAGCUGUUCUUGUCUCACUGUUAGAAACCAAGAAGAACAGAGACCCAUGAGGGCUUCCCAUGAGCUCGGAAGAGAAGACCUUCCAACCUGUGAAGAAAGCCCAGCUCCCACUCUGGAAGAAGUCAGCGCCUGGGCUCAGUCGUUCGACAAGCUGAUGCUCACUCCCGCGGGAAGGAAUGCUUUCCGAGAAUUCCUCCGAACAGAAUUCAGCGAAGAAAAUAUGCUUUUCUGGAUGGCGUGUGAGGAACUGAAAAAAGAAGCUAAUAAAAACAUUAUUGAAGAGAAAGCAAGGAUAAUAUAUGAAGACUACGUUUCUAUUCUUUCUCCUAAAGAGGUCAGCUUAGACUCCCGAGUAAGAGAAGUCAUCAAUAGGAACAUGGUGGAGCCAUCCCAACACAUAUUCGAUGAUGCCCAGCUUCAGAUUUACACCUUAAUGCACAGAGACUCAUAUCCCAGAUUCAUGAACUCUGCUCUCUAUAAAGAUUUGCUUCAGUCCCUAUCUGAGAAAUCAGUUGAAGCAUAGGAUGUUAUCAAGCAUAUUUAUUAUUAAUAAAUUAAUAAAAGAACUCGUGGACUACGUCCAGUACAGGGAAUUUAGAGGCAGUGGUAUCUUCUGAUGGAGUAAUACUGGGGCUAUUUUAAUAACAGAUGCUGCCUUCUACAGAAGGCUAUAUAUCCACCAUGUAAAUUGCAGCCACCUUUAGUGAUACUUUAGAAAAAAUGGGGUAUGCCUGUUUUAGAAAGACAGUAUAUUUACAUUUACAAUAACAGUAGCAUGUUCCCAGUGGCAGAGGAUACACUAAAAGACUCCACACUGCCUGGAGCACGUCCAGCCAUGGGAGCAAACAGGACUGCUUUUGUUUUGCAUGAGUUCAGUACCUGAUUACUCUCCUCCCCCCAAAAAGACAUUCAGCAAGUGUUUCUCAGCUACUUCUUCCUUCCAUCAAGCUCAGUUUCGAAUAUUUCACUUCUGAGUGACAUUACAGGACCUAAAUUUCCUUUUUAUAAAGAUGUGACCACUACUUGUGAAAAUGCUGUUCCACUUUAUCUUGGAAUAUAGGUAUGUAGAUACACAUGCACAUAUAUGUAUCUACACAUGGUCAAUGUUAAGGACUGUCUCUUAAGUGGAUCCAUCUCAAAGGUUUGGUAAGAGAAGUCGUGUUAGAAAAUUUUUUUGUCGAAAAGUUAUUUUAUUAUGAGAAUCUGUGAACCUACAGAAUGAAUUUUUAAUUUCACAACUUAGUCACGUUCACAACAAAACUUCUAAACAAGCAUAUUUCCAUUUUUAUUACUGAAAGAAAUAUGGGUAUUUUCACUCUAAAAAAUAAAGCACAAGAGUUUUAUCUCAAUCUUUAUUUUUUUCACAUGUAAAUAUUUGGGAAAUAUAACAUUAAGUAAGGAAGGAUAUACACAAGGUAUCUUUUAGCUCCCAAACUAGGAUUUUGUUUUUAAAUCCCACUAUUUUAAUCAUAGGCAAAUGGGAUAACUUCAUAGCUUACAGGUAAAAGUACUGGUUUGUAGACCUAACCAUCCUGAAGAAAUCCAUAACUACAACGAAUGGGAAAGACAUUCCAAAAUGAAGUGAAUGUGAAAGACAUCCAGAAUCUGGCAUGGUUUGAGUCGUGGGUUAGAAAUUAAUUUGCAAGAGGCCUACAGCAGGCUUCAGCUCUAAAUGGAUAGCUCUCCUCUCGGUCGUCUCCCUUACCUGGCCCUUUAGCCUGACAAUUUCUUCAUUACCCUCUUCAAGCCCCAAACCUAAGCCCCUCACUCUCAUUCUAAGUAAAACAUUUACCUCCUACUUUACUGUGAAAAUGGGUUCCCUAACCCCAUCAACUUCCUGUGUAACCUAUAAAUAUGUAUAGGUAAGCAUCUAUUCUCACCUCCUUCAGUCCAGUCUCAGAGAAUAUGUUCUUUCCUCCUUUUCAAGGCAUCAACACCUUACGUGCUUUUGAUUCCAUAUACUACAGUCUAAUUUUUUUCAUUAGACAAAGAGGAUAUAAUUGUGAUUAAGGCAUAAACCCUACCCCCUAGCAGUUUACAUUCAGUUGAGGAUGACAGAUGUGUCCAUGGCAGCUACAAUAUACUGUAGGAAGACAGGGAAGAACUGAGCUAUGGAAGUCUUGAAGGGCUACGGAAAGAUUUUGGCAGAGGUAACGCCAAAGCUAAAACCUACAGAAGAGUGUGUGUGUGUGUGUUGAGGCAGAGGUGUAGGGAAGGUAGUCACAAUUGAAGCAAUCCCAAAUGAGUCCAGUCAUGGACAUGCUAAGGAUAAGGAAACUGUAAGACAUAUAAAAGAUGUCAAGAAAUCAAUUGGAUGGAGGGAGCUGAGUGGUCAAGAUAUUAGGCUCGAGUAUUGAUUUGGGAUUUUUCAACACAAAGAUGAAUGAGAUUACCUGGAAUUAUAGCAUGAAAAGAGCUGAGGGGAAAUCUUUGCAAGGAUGGCCAGAGAAACAAGAGUUCCCAAAGGAGAUUCAGAAGGAUUCACCUUCUCAAUAUAGGUCAGAAGAAAGUCAAGGACAUGUGGGGACAUGUCAGCAAAUGAAUGGGAGUGUUUCAAAGGGAGGGUGGUAAAUUAAAUGCUCUUACCUCAAAAUCUGCUCCAUCGAUUUCCCCCCACUCUCCUAUAUCGUCAACUUCUCCUUGACUUUUUCUCAUACUGUAAACAUUCGUGAAUUUCCCAAUUAAAAACAAAACUUGCACUACAUAA